AUGACGGGUGGAUCUCUGUUGAAGAAGGCAGCAAACGGCUAUGAUGAAUCUAGAGUAAUGGGUACAGGAGGCUAUGGCAAUGUAUACAAGGGAACUCUACUAGAAGGUACUAUUGUUGGCAUCAAGAAAGCUAAAGAGGUGGAUAAGUAUCAAAUUGAUCAAUUCAUAAAUGAGGUUGCAAUACUCACCCAAAUCAAUCACAAGAAUGUAGUGAAGCUCUUAGGUUGUUGCUUAGAAAGUGAAGUCCCAAUUUUGGUUUAUGGAUACAUAUCUAAUGGCACACUGCACCAACAUAUCCAUGGGAAUGACUCUAUAAUUUCACUGAAACUGCUGAAUCGCUUGCAAUCUUCGAUACCCAUCUUCCAUAGAGACAUCAAAUCAGCAAACAUACUAUUAGAUGAUAAUCACACAGCUAAAGAAGCUGAUUUCGGAGGUUCAAGAUUGGUGCAAAUGAGGAAUCUGAUGCAAGGCACAUUAGGCUAUCUUGACCAAUACAUUCAAACUAGCCAAUUAACGGAAAAUAGUGAUGUUUUUAGUUUCAGGGUUGUUCUUGUGACAGGACAAAGAGAGAGAGAGAGAGUCUAUGGAAUCACACUGUUGGGAAUGUUUAUAUAA